AUGGCGCAGGCGUUCUACGUGCGGAAUCCUUAUCCUGUGCCGGAUGUCUCCCGGGAGGGAGCGUGGAUAUCACGCGGACCCGUGUUGGGAGAUAAAGUCUCGCCGUCGGAUAGAGACUGGAACGUCAAGUUGAGCGCUCACGAGCGUCUCUUCGCUCACCAUACACUGAACAGCAUCCGCAGGGAUCGUCGAUUCAUCAGACCGCAGGUUCCAGACGACGCUCUCGAUUUAGCGUUAAACAGCGUCUACACUCAUAGUCGAGACAGUUUGGUGUCGAAGAUAUAUGUGCCUAUGCAGCCGGAAACGCUCGGCAGAGAAACUUGGCGCGUCAUACGAAACGAGAUCAAGGUUUUCCCGGAACCGCCUAAACCAGAUAGACCGAUGCACGUGAGCGGUCAUUCGGACGAGGAACUUAAAUCGAUCGUUCGGGCACCUUUAUCGGCGGAUAAAUCGAGGUGUCAUAGUGGGCCAACUUUACCGCGGAAAAUUCAUCCGAGCAGUGUGAAAUUAAAUAUCGAAGGUCCUCAUAUGGACCAAUCGAAUCCCGGAUACAGUCGCAAAAUUGACGGAACUUUUUACAGUAUUUAAACACGGAUUUAGAUAGUGUUUGAGCGGCACGCUUGGAGAACGUUCGGAUUAAGCUGAAACCUGAUAUUCGCCGAAUAAAGUCCCCGCUUUUACAAAUACCAUUAUCGCUAUUGGCAUAAUCUGCCGAGAUUUGCGCUUUGGAACGCUUCGAGAAGUAGCAAAUCGUCAACGUAACAUAGACGCGCAAAACUCCAAUGUAUCAUGAAAACGUCAAGCGUGCAUAAUUAAAUCGCGUCGAUUGUUGCAAUUACUUCGUGGCGUAUCUGAUUGUGAGUGUCGCGAUUAUCCUAUUCACGUUUAUCUGAUCGUGUUGACAAAUUUACUCAGUGGGAUGAUGCUUCACGAAUCCGCCUUGGCUAUCGCUACCAAAGAUCUCCCGGCUGCCAGUCGCCCCUUUGACAGUCCGAGGCUGCGCAGGCAGCCCAAAGAUCGACAGAACGAGUAGAUAGAGGCGUGAGUCAGUGCGCACCAAGUUUCUCACUACUCGGCUCGCCUCGGUUCGGCAGUGAGCCGAAGGGACAGAAUGUCCCAUUACUCGGGUAAUCCUUGUUUGUAAUAAACCAGCGCCCCGCUGCCAGCGGGAUGACAGCGGAGCCACCCUUGCCGAGAGCCCGCGCGGAGGAGGAGCCAUCUCCGCACGCAUAUGCUCCUCAUGGAAUAUCAUUUAUGCUUCUCACCCCGCGCGCAGACGUCUAUCUCUUGCGACCCGUUUGACCCGGCUCGACCCCCCGACAUCCCUCUCUCCGUCAGACACACAGAGUAGGCAGCACACGUUAUCCUUAUACAUACGUCUAAUCCGGCCAUGAUUGCCCCGCCAACCGGCUCGAAAACUCUACCUCGACUAUAAGACGUAACAUGUUACCCUUCCUCUCUCUGUAUGUGACCCUAUUUUCUUAGCUUCUUUAAAACACUUUGUGACAAACUUCGCGACGUGAUAAAUUUUUGCACCCGUUUCGCUUCCCUCCAUUAUUUUUGGUAUUAAAAAUUAGAGUUAUUGUAUUAUCGUAGAUUUACAAUAAUACAAUUUACUACGAUUCAAUAAAUCCAAUUUUAUUAAUCCCUGUUAAUAUCGUAUAUUACAAUAUUAAUUCGGAUUAAUUAUAAUUAAUGUGUAAAAUCACGAGAAUAUGUUGGUGACUUUUUUUCAAUUAAUCGUAAAUUCGGCAGCCCCAAAGAUAGUAAUUUUUCUGCGGAUUACAUCGCGCGGCGCGUGUCUAUUGACGCGGAUCCCUUUUCUUUCCGGGUAUAGUGACGGAGAAAGAGAGAGACACGGAGGAUGGUAUAAGGGUAGAACGAUCUCAGACGGUCGUCAGGCAACGAGCGAGGUUACCAGCCAAUUACUUGGCUGAGCGGUUUUAUUUGUAUUUAAUUCUUAUUUAAUUUACUUUUUACGGUCGCGUGGUUUUGCCGCCUCCGUUAAGAAAAUGGAAGGUUUCUUCGUCAUUGCAAAUUAACGGUCGCUCGCCAUUUAUCCCGUGGAACACAAUCAAUAUAGAUAAAAAACAUCAGUUGCGCGUUAUUCGUAACAUUCGACAACGAAAUUUGCACUUGAUAAAAGUUACACAUCGUACGAGAAGGCAUAAAUGCUUAUUCCAUAAUGAAACUGAUAAAGAAUCAGAUAAUAUAUACGAUACAUAUUAAAAAAAAAAAAAAUGCGCGGCCACCAAUUUUAUAUACAUAUAUUUUAGAAAUUUUAAAUAUUUAAGAAUUAAUUUUAAUCAGUAGAGCAUCUUGAAAAACAUUUUAUAUAGAUAAUGACACAUAAACAAUGAUACGGUAAUGCUGCUGUCAUGAAAACCAUGCUUAGACUGACUUCGCUCUAUCUAUUCGAUUCUUUCACGCGUACACUUUUCCAGAAGGAAAUUCUGCGUGAAAGUCGAAGCAAAGUCGCAUUGAUCCCUCCGGGAUGAAGCUGUUAUUCCACUGAACUUGUUACGUUAUAUUUAUCAGCGCGGUGCACACUGGCACCACCCGUCGGGUUUUAUCGUUCCUUUCGGAUCCGUUCUUCCACCGUCAUUUCAGUUAAAUAGAAGCCGCAAAUGACAUAGCGAAUAAUAAGCAGCGGUACACUAAAUUAAUCAGAUGUCAUAUGUUAUAUAACUUUCUAUUUUAAAAUUUGUAUUGCUUCUCAAACUCUACUAAAUGAUAUACAUAUAUUCUUUAGAUAUUAUAUAUUAUAUGAAAUAAUUACAUUAGAAUAUACGUAACAAUUUUGAAAGCACAUAUAAAAUGAUAAUCGAUAAAGAGAAAAAUUUUUUAAUUGUAUCGCAAACUUAUUGUAUAAUACUUUUCAUUUUGUAAACUGAGUUUUCUUCUUUUUUUUGUAAUAUAUUUAACUCUUAACACAUUUAUUUUUUAUAUAAAUUUAUGUUAAUUUAUACAUUUAUAUCGAACUUCUUUAUCUUCAUACUUUAACUGUAUUCCAAGUAAACUUAAAAUAAAAUCUUCUAUCAUGAAAA